GGUGAAAGCUCUCUAAGGUUUUAUCGGUGAAAGCUCUCUAGGGUUCCUCGCUGCAACCCUGUAACCCUUCUUUUUCUAUCACUACUACUCUACUGCUACUAUUUUCAUUCUCUUCCUCGCUGCUACGGUUUUACCGCAACUUCCUUCAAGGGUUUCAAAAAAAGAAAUGGAAUACGAAGAAUACAAAUCAGUUCCAACGGAAGAAUCUAAUACAAGGGAUGGUGAAAAAAACACCAAAAUCGUCAAAGUGGAAUAUGUGAAAUAUGAACAAGGAUUUGUCAAAGUGGAAACUGUGGAAUCUGUGAAAUCUGAAUCAUCUGGUACUCACGAUGAACAUACACAUACAUAUAGGGACAUAUAUGAUGAUGCUGACCAAGAUAAGUUUGUGGAUGUAGUACUGGCCUCAAUAGAAAUCUGCUUGAUAUUGAUUAUCUUCCCUAUACUAGAUACUUCAUCGGAUGCUCGUGAGUUCAUGACCGAAAAUUAUACUCUCAUCGGAUGCUUCCUCUUCGCGCUUCUUAUCCGUGAUCAAGGACUCAUAUUUCUCUAUACAAUAGAUCCCUCUGUUGGCAGUAACAUCUUUGACAUCUUAUUCGUAAUUCUACUAUCAACUAUAAUAUCAGUUAUUGAAGUCAGUGCUUUUUCAUGGUGUGCUGCUAUCAUAACAUUGAUCCAUUGGGCCAUCUUAAUAGCAUUGGUUGUGAAGUUUAAGUGGAAUGUGAUAUCUAAGGAAGAUAUUGUAUUCUCUAAGGCAAUUCACAAAUUUGUAGGAAUUAUUUGCGUCUUAUCCAUAGCUCACUCUAUUAAAAGUUUACUGUAUUUUUUACACUAUUGAAAAACUAUACUGUAGAAUGUUUAUGGCUAGUUUGUAAUAUU